AUGGCCAACACACUUGCUCCAUACCUCAGUGCUAUUCGCAGCUCUCUGGACUCGGCGUUAUGUCUACGCAACUUUCCAUCGCAAACAGUCGAGCGCCACAACAAACCAGAAGUCGAGAUGCAGAUGAGCAAGGAGCUACUGCUGAAUCCCGUGCUCAUCUGCCGUAAUGAGCAAGAGAAAUGCCUUAUUGAACCGUCGAUUAACUCGACGCGUGUGAGUAUCUGCAUUAAAAAAGCGGACGAGAUUGAAAUGAUCCUCAGCCACAAGUUUAAUCGCUUCCUCAUGCAACGUGCCGAGAAGUUUAUUAUCAUGCGACGAGUACCUGUGGAGGGCUACGACAUGAGUUUCCUCGUAGUGCAUCAGCAUCUCGAGAAUAUGUACAAACACAAACUCAUUGACUUUAUCAUCACCUUUAUGGAGGACAUUGACAAGGAAAUCAGUGAGAUGAAAAUCUCACUUAAUGCUCGUGGUCGUAUCGUUGCAACUGAGUUCAUGAAACAGUUUACCUGA